CUGCGCAACAAACCGUGUGCCCGUCAAUUAUUAUUUUUUUUCAUUUAUAGCUUUCGUAGUUUACAACAAGUAAACUUGAAUUACAGCAAGUAAACAAGUUAAUUGAAUCACUUGCAAUAUCAACAUGGUGGUGACUGUGGAGACCGGUAGCCAAACCUGCUUCAGUGAAAGUGCGGAAAGAGUGAUCAGUGCGAUAGGAUUGACUGUACGAGAAACAUUGCUCUGUGCCAAUCGAGAAAAUCGGGCUGUAGUUGGGUUGUCCGAGUCCAUACAUGCUCUGUCGAGGACGCCCCAGAAAAUCCUUUUCUGUUUUCUUGCCUCCAGCACCGACCAUAUGCACGAGGUGCUUCUAGAGGCAUUCUGUUUCGAGCAUGACAUUUACAUAAUUAAGCUUGACAAUGGAGAAAAACUCAGUCGAACAUUGGGCUCAAAUCAGCUGGAAUCAUGCGUUUUGAUACAGAAAAGAUGGUCAGAAGGAAGUCACUGUGAAAAUCUUACUCCUGAUGAAAACGAGUUGAUAGACUACUGCGAGGCACAAUGGGAAGAACCUGUGAAGCCGAUUAUUAAAUUGCCAGAAAAGUAAACUGUGCAAAGUUGCCCUUGGCCGGGUUGACAAACUGAUAACGCAAAGGAUUGCGGCCAAAAGCAAUGAAGAUGCAACAUUGUAGCAUCUAUGUGCUUUACAACGGAAAGUUCGGUCCAGCACAUUGAGACCAUUUACGAAUCCGCUAAAGGUCUUUGGACAGUGCAAUUUAUAUAAGUUAAAAGCAUGGUCUAGGAAGCCUCGGACAGAGUAAUUCCGUAAAUCAUUAGGGAAUAGUGUGAAGGAUCGAAACAUAAGAGCCCUUGGUACUUAACAAGGUGGAUCCAUCUUUGAGGGAAUGUGAGAAUGAGAAAUAUCAAAUGAAGUUUUCUGAAAAUAAAUCACAGAAAUAUGCUCACAGUUAUGUCA